ACACCUUUCUCAAACAUACAUUCCUCUGCAGACUGAUUAAAGCAGCUGCUCCGAGGCUUAUAGAGGAGUGACACUUCAGUACUCUAGAGAGUUGCAACCUGAGGUUCUUUGGCUGCACAGUUCAGAGCACAAAAGUGGUUUUCUUGCUUCGUACUGAUCAGUGACCAGAGGUUACCCACCUAUUUAUCCACCACUGCAUCAGUGGAUACAGUCUAGUUUUCGAGGCUUGUUUUAAGUUGCCUGCGACUUGUACUUGGACACAGGCAGCUAAAGCAAGUCUGGGACGCCAGAGACACACCUUCAAGCCCAGCCCUGAGGAGGAAGAAACGAGGCAAAUAAACUAUUUGCAAGUGAAUUCUGCAUUGUUCAGUCACGCAAGACUUUGUCCCCUCUGUCUGUGAGGAAAAACUCUGAAAUCAUGUUACAGUUAUGUACUGUUUUUACUGUUACUAAUAUAACCAUCAAAACGCCUACAUAGUCUGAUGCAAUCUGUUUUCACAAAGCCUGAAGAUGUGAACAUGGACGUGUAUGUACAAACUGGCAUACUAUAACUACAUAGUUGAUUAAACGACACGUCCUCCAAAUAUGUUGCCUAUUGUCUAUACUGUAUUUUUUUCCACAAUGUGUGUUUGCAUUUGCGCAUGUCUGAGCUCAGUCAGGUGACACAUUACAGAGCAAACAUUAAAACAGAGGAUGAAUGAUUAGCAGACCAUUUACUUCAGCAAUCCAAGGUAUGAUUUCAAUUAAAGUUUCUGUAGGGUACAUUUAUAGUAAUUUUGUUCAGAUUUCUGGCUAGAUUUAUGUAUUUAUUCAUUUUAAAAACUAAACUGAGUUUUGUUUUGUAUUUAACAGGUUUUUUUAGUCUUAGUCUCUGUUACUUGAACAGAUGAUCCUCAGGCCUUUUCGAAAUUUCCACCUUUUCCAAGGGGAAGCUAUGAGAAACUAUGUGAUCUGACAGAACUGACGAUAAACUGUGCUUUAGAUUCCUACUGUAGAACUGAUUAGCCUACUCUGUGUCUCUUUAUGUGAUAACACAUACGUUGUAUUUUCAACAAGACGAGCAACCACACAAGGUCCCGGCCGAGAUUCGUCACUGUCAGAGUGUUUUCUCUUUUUAUUGCUUCGAUCAGAUCACCUUCAGUGGAGAUGCAGAGAAAAAAAAGAUGGGGAGAGAAAGAGUUAUGACAUGUAACAAAUGUCCCAGAAUCAAACCAAGGACGUUGCGUUUACAUAGUACGCAUCUCAAAACACUACUCCUCCAGGACACCACCUCCUUUUAGGUAUCCAUGGACAAAACAGUCAGGGUAUUUGACACAUUCAUAAAUUACAUGAAUGAUUUCCUUUUUAAAUUAAUAUGUGUUGCUUUUAAACACCUCAGAGUGCUUCAGAGCAGAGAAAUAGACUUUUUUAAUUAGAAGGAAGUAGUCCUGGAUUGAUCACAUUGAGCACUAAUAGAGAUUGUGUCAUGUGUGAUAUAAAUCAUUUUAAAUUCAAAACCUGUAUAAAAAAAUAUUAAAAGGACAUUUAAUCAAGAUGUCCUGCUAUAUCAUCAGACUCCUGUUAUGUGUAUGUAAUGUCAACAUUAUUUGCACCUAAACUGCCUGUUUGUUGUUCUACCUAUAGUUGUGAAAGGGGAACAUUGACACACAGUCAAUGUCAUGCACCCUUAUAAAAAAAAGGCAAUAACCACGCAGUUUUAAUGACAAUACUAAUAUUUUCAAAGUGUGUUUUGACUAUAUGCUGUGACAACACAUUAUAGAAUGAGGGACCAUGUUCAGCCUCUUUCUGGCAAUAAAGUCAUGAAGCUUCACACAGGCCACCGCCACUCAAAAACGCAAGGAUUAGAAAAAUAUGAGCGGACAUUAUAACGUCAGUGAGCAUCAGAAGCCAUGGUUUUAAAGUUACAACCUCAUCACCCUCAGAUUGAGCCUAUAUAACCUUAAACCGACAAACAGACGGUUAGGGGAGGAUGAAAUGUUCUUGUUGUCUCGUGCGCACUGAAGCGUGUUCCUCAAGGUAAAUAUUCUUUUUCCAACAUGAAAUAGGUCUUUGUUGUUUGCCGAGAGGUAAAGAGGCGGAAAAGUGAGGAGGAUCUGAACUGGUUUCCAUGUCAAACACUUCAAUUCACCAUAGAAACUCAGAUCUUAACGCGGAAACUUUAUUAAACUGUGAUGGUGGAUUGAUAAGGGCCGAAUUUCUAUCGGCCUCUUUUUAUUGUGGGCACCAGGCGGGCUGACAGAGGUAAAUUGCUCUUUUAAUUAAAGCAAUGCACCAGGGGAAAUUGCUGUCUGAAUAUUGUCUCAGAGAUGGGGGCCAGUGACAGUUGCCUGGAAACUUCAAUCUGUCCACCCGCAUUUAUUCCAGAUCACAGUUAUGAGAUAAAGUUUAAUAAAAAUCUUUUCCUCCGCCACCAACGAAAUGAAAUCCAACCCUUUCUGAACAACUGAACACAAUGAGACAGGACUGCGGAGGAAACCUCAUGUUCAACAUGUAUCUCUCAGGUUCGUCAUUUAAUCCAACAGAAAAUCUGUUGAAAGAAAGCAAAGGAACAACUUGGGGUCCAAUAAACACAGGAGUACAAAAAGGCAGCGGGCAGAUUCAGCUGUGGCAGUUCCUGCUGGAGCUCCUCUCUGACAGCACCAACAUGUCAUGCAUCGCCUGGGAGGGCACCAACGGCGAGUUCAAGCUCAUCGACCCGGACGAGGUGGCUCGGCGCUGGGGAGAGCGCAAAAGCAAACCCAACAUGAACUACGACAAACUGAGCCGGGCACUGCGCUACUACUACGACAAAAACAUCAUGACCAAAGUCCACGGCAAGCGCUACGCCUACAAGUUUGAUUUUCACGGCUUGGCGCAAGUGUGCCAGCCGUCCACCACGGAGCAGGCCAUCUACAAGUUUCAGGGCAACUUCUCCCCGAUUCCCUUUUCCGGGAUUUCCAAACUGAACCUCGUGGCUCCCAGCGUGGGGCCAUCGGGUUUCUCCUACUGGCCUGGUUCACCCCCGGCGGCUCUGUAUCACAGCCACAACCUGCAGCCUCCAGGCCCAUUUGGCACCGUGUCUCCGUCUCACAUCAGCUGUGUCAACAACAUCAACAGUCUGACUAACAUAAAUAAUCAUUACAAUUGACUCUCAAUGCAUUUUUUAGACACAUUGGAAAGUUAUAGACACAGCAGGUAAGACGGCAACAAACGAAGAGAGAUGAGGAAGAGCCUGAAAGCUCGGUUUUGGUUACUUGCGGGUGAAAAUACUGUGUUAAUUUGGUUAACAAUUAAUGUUUUUAGACAUGCACACUAACUAACGUUUCAACACUAUAGGCUAGGCUAUAUUAAACGCGUAGUUAUGGACCUGUAGUCCUGUAGAUGCCGCUGAGACGACGGUUGCAAGCCAAGAAACAAAUAAGAAAUAGACUAAUUUAGCCCCUUUUAAACUUUAAACCAUGACCUCUUUUGUUCGAGCAAAUUAUUAAAUCCAUUAAGGGGCCUCAUAUCAAAUUACACACUAUGGUUUCAACGUUUACGCGCGGUAUUUUAAUAACAAGGCCUAUAUUAAUUCCAUAUUAACCCACAAAUGUCCUAAUUUCAGCUACAGUCUGUUAAAUUAAAUCGGAAAUUAACAGAGGCUUCCCUGUGGGAGACUUGUUUUCGAAAUAAACAAUGUAUAGAACAUGAUUAAAUACAGAUUCUCUGUUUUAUACCUAUUUAUCAUCAUUUUCUGUUCCUUUGCUGUCUCUCAUCAUCCUUCCUUGAUUUAUGUAAUUGUUUUUACAUAUAGGUGGGUGUAUUUGCAUCCGGCUGCACCAAUAAGCAGUUAUUAUUGGACUAUUGGCGCCACCUCGUGGUUUUGGAAAUGCCUGGUGCCUGUUGGCGUGAUUUUUGUCUUUUACUGAAUAGCGAAAUAUCGCCACUUGAAAACGGUCACCUGAAAUAUAUUGUCACCAUAAUCACCGUUAAAUCAGAUCGCGCAUAACCACGAAAAUCAAAUAUAUCCCACUUGCAAUAAAAAUGAAACCCGUACAGAGCUACAUGUUUUUUAUUUGUGUGAAAUAGACUCUAACGUGAAUAGUAACAGAAACUGUGAAUUCGUGAACCACUCUGUAAAUACUGUAGGGUAUAGAGACAGGCUCAGGCCAUCGCUGCUUUUUAGUGAUUUUUGAGUGAAUUACAUUGCAUUCAUUUACACAGCUUCAUAGUUAAAACAACUGUACUAAUGAAAAUAUAUUAAAUGAAUAAAAACAGACUGUUAAUGAAUAAAUUA